AUGGCUGGGAGAAACAGCAGAUUCCCCUGCGUGUUGCUGCUGCUGCUGCUACUGCUGUUGUUGAUCGUCUGCUCGAGCCCUGCCACAGCUACGGAAACGACCGGCAGUCCGAGAUGGCUGAUACCUCGAACGAAUAUCACCGGGCCGAAUCCAGGCGAUUACAGGUGCGAGAGUGCUCGUGCCCCUGAUUACUAUGGAAUUGGUGUCCGCCUGGCAAACUCAUUUGUGCCCAGCGAUAUCGGUGGAGCCUUGGAUACAAAUGCGAUCUUCCUCUUUGCAAACCUUGUGGCCAUGGUGCGAUGUACCGUCACAAAGGUGCUGACACAGCUAGACUGCGUGGUCCUGAUGCAUCUGUCAGGCGGGACCGUCUUUUCGGUGCUCAGCCUUUGGGGAUACCGCACAUGUCAUUAUAUGCAGGAGGGCCCAAAGGGUAUCCGACACUUCGGCGGCUUUGGCACGCACCUCAGGCUCCUGCUGUCGAUGGCUGUCGCCGUGUAUGGCCUUUGGUUCUGGCUAUUCGGGAUCCUGCCAGACACUACCGACGUGAAUGUGGACACUGGCCCUUGCAGGACCGUCUAUACUUUCAUGUUUGCCAAAGUCCGUGCUGACGGCGGUGUGAGAAUCUUCUACAUUAUCGUCUGCAUCUGCUGUGUCAUUUACUUCGGCGUCAUGCUGCUCGCAUCGACCCUUUCUCUCCAUGCCAGGCUCGCAAAGGCAGUCGAUCUGGCCAAGAGAGGCAAAUGGCGUACAAGCACCCGACUGCACUAUGCCACGGGCCUCUACCAGAAAGAACUCCGCCGAAUAUUUUACUUCCUCCGAGUCGGCAACUUCCUCUUCAUUCUGUGGUCAAUGAUCCUCGUCGAAUGCACGCUCAACUUUAACCAUGUCAAGGAAGUGCUGGGCCCCGGCAACCGGAUCUUCUUCCCUUCUCAGCUCAUUCCGAUGAUCAUCGGCUGCUUCAGUUUUGUGAGGCUGGGGUACCGGGUGCUCGAAAGAUGGCGCGACCCGGACGACGAGCCGUCGCUUCCCACAGAGCCUCGAUCAGCCACCACACAACAGGACUUCCCGGGGCCGAAGAGGUUAUUUAAGGUCUUUGCGCCACCGACAAACUUUAACAACGCCCGUCUUCAAGUGCCUGAAGAUAUACCUCCCGAGGACUCGGACAUAGAUCAACUUGUGCAGGACGAACCCGUACGGCUGCGAUACCUAGUCACCUGGCUGCCCUGGCUGUCGUUGUUACAUUGGUGGAAGGACGAUGAGGAGCAGCGCCAAAAUUCGCACAAGCGUGAUGCCAAUAUGGAAAAGGGCCGUGCCCAUUCGCCGUCCUCCACUCUGCAGGGGUCUCCAACCACUCCGACUUUUGUGAACCCCUACAAACCACAGAUCCCAUAA